AUGCUCGCCCAGUGCUGCCGGCUGUCUAGGCUGCGCGGUGGCACGCCAACUCCCUUUUGGACAACCUACGUCCAUUCGCCAGGUCUACGCAUCAACGUGCGUUACGCGUACUGGCCGCCACCUGCUAACAAGCGUUCCCGUCUCAUCGAGCUGCGUGUGAAGCUGGUGGAUGCGUUGAUCGCACUGUAUCUGCUCGUUCUCACCUCCGUGCAGCUGCCGUCGGGCAAGAAGUUCUUCGUCUUCCGCGGGAAGCGCGACGCCGACGGCAAACUCGAGCCGGUCGUCUGCUUUAUUGACAGAAACGGCGACCGACUCACAUCACUCAACUCGGAGGAACUACAACAGCUACAACAACUAACGCAAAGGAUACGCACCUAUUUCGAUCUAUGGCAACAAAAACAAUAG